ACAGCUUCUUUAUGAAAUAUGGACUGAGGCUGCCUGCUGUAGCCAGCCUCGUGGGCCCAAAUUCUACCCCCCACCCCAGGAUCCCCACAGCCCCCAGUGGUGCUAGAGACCAAGCACCAUCCUGGCCAGAUUCAGUCAAAGCAGUUGGGAUGAACUGCCUCUGGAUGGCUGGUGGCUUCCUGAGGAGCGGGGUAUGACUGCCGCUUCCUCUAUUUCCCCAACUCUUAUUUCCCUCUGGAAUCCCUGGGUGAUGCAGAUAGUACCGAAAGGUUGAUGGUCUGAGUUUACCCAGAGGCACCUUGGAAAAAAGUUGAUCUACUCCAAAAUCAGCCAUUGAAAACGUGAGAGAUCGCAGUUCUACCCUGACACACAUGGGGUUACCAUGAGUCAGCAUCGAUUCUACAGAAACUGGUUAUUUCCCUGUCCCUUUUUCUUAGGAAAUUCUGGGAGCUGCUAGAGGCCAGAGGCCAGGGCACGAUGUAGGCCACCUUAGCAGGUACCGCAGGAUCUUACCACCCAGCUCCAGGCUGUACUCAGCCUGCAGCAUCAGGAUUCUCAGAGCCUCAGCAACUGCCUUGAUAUUGGGGCCCAAUGCAGUGCUAUUCUCUGCCUAUUUAGGCUUGGGAGAUAGAACAGAUACCUGAACAGGGCCCUAUAGGACGGAUACCUCAGGAGAGAAGACAGGAAGGUCAGCUUACUGUGUGCUCCUUGGGCCCCUCCUUUAGAGAUGGGGGACAACCUCGGCAAAGUGACUUGCUCAAGGUCACAGCCCUUGGUAUGUCUGCCUCAGGUCCACUUUGUAUAAGCGAAACCACAGCAUAAACUGUUUAAAAUUACGAUCCCCUCCAUCUCGGUCUGGCCCCUGCCCCCAGGGUCUCCCUAACUCUUUUACUCACUUCCGGUGAAGUGAGCCCACACCAGCAGCCGUGUCUGGGGAAGAACAGAACACUGUACCAGCUUGAGGGCGGCAGCAGCACUUCCCUCCUCCAGUGUCCUCAUUCAGCUGCCACCACGGCCGGUGUCUUCAGCGCUGCCUUGAAGGGGGCCAGUGACUGGCGCCUCGUGAGUACACUCCACGCAGCCCACUAACGCCGAAGGCAAGUGGAUGCAGGGAUGAGUCUGGCUCACCCAGGCCGCGUGAUCUGGCUGCGGUUCCACGGAGUCGGCAAGGUAGCCGGCGGAGGACGGGGCAGAGCUUCCCAACCAAGGCUAGGCUGCACAGAGCCGUAGCGAGGGGGGCAGAGAGGGGCAUUUGCCGCCGGGCGCAAGUACAAAGGGGCGUCGGAUGAGGCCGGCCGGCCGCAGAAUCACCCCCCUCCCCAGCCGGCGGGCUGGGGCGCUCGUGACCCUCGUUUUGGGGAAGGCCCAGGAGGAAGAGGGUAACAGUCGUUAGGCGGUUGGGAGUCCAGGGGCAGCCCCAGGCUUCGUGGGGCAAAGAGUGGAGACUGUCCAUCCUCCGCCUUUACUCCCUGGGUAAGUGAAGGGUUACGGGCGCAGCCGCGCGGAUGUCUACCGUGCUUGAAAGGGGCGCCCAGCCGGCCCGCGACCACCCAGCACCGAGGCGGCCGGCUGUCUGGAAAACGGCCCGAGACGCAAGACGGCGCUUGCCUUUGUGGCUACUGUGUUGAAUAUUCAUGAUCUUUGAACCAAUCAUCGCAUGAUUAUCUCAGACAGAGCACACCAAUCGGCUCACCGCAUGCAGAUAAGCAUCGUAGAUGGGCGGCUUUUCUUAUAUCUGUGGAGACUGCACCCAGGCUAGAAACGGAACCCUGAGUGGAAAGCGAUGGGUUUCCGGAGGGGGUGUGCCUGCACGAGUGCCGCGACUACGUCACUUCCCAUCCGAGCGGCGGAAAUUGCUUCCGAGCGCGUUGCUAUUUGGAAGACAGGGUUCUGGCGAAGGCAGAAGUGCUUGUUUUUUUUGUCGGUAUUGGGAAGUGACGAUGGCGGCGGUGGAUUCGGAUGUCGAAUCGCUGCCGCGUGGGGGUUUCCGCUGCUGCCUCUGCCGCAUUACUACAGCGAACCGACCCAGCCUAGAUGCCCACUUGGGAGGCCGAAAGCACCGGCACCUGGUGGAACUACGAGCUGCUCGAAAGGCCCAGGGACUUCGAAGUGUGUUUGUCAGUGGCUUUCCCCGGGAUGUGGAUUCUACUCAACUGUCUGAGUACUUUGAGGCAUUUGGGCCUGUUGCCAGUGUUGUCAUGGAUAAGGACAAGGGAGUGUUUGCCAUUGUGGAGAUGGGGGACGUGGGUGCCCGGGAUGCCGUCUUGUCCCAGCCCCAGCACAGCCUGAGAGGACAUCGCCUGCGGGUCCGGCCACGGGAGCAGAAGGAGUUCCAGAGUCCGGCUUCCAAGUCCCCCAAAGGAGCAGCCCCUGACAGUCACCAGUUGGCCAAAGCACUAGCUGAGGCGUCAGACGUGGGGGCACAAAUGGUAAAGCUCGUGGGGCUGAGGGAGUUGUCUGAGGCUGAGCGGCAGCUUCGGAGCCUCGUGGUGUCCCUGAUGCAGGAAGUCUUCACAGAGUUCUUCCCUGGCUGUGUGGUCCAUCCUUUUGGCUCUUCCAUAAACAGCUUUGAUGUCCAUGGCUGUGAUCUUGACCUCUUCCUGGAUCUGGGUGACUUAGACGAGCCUCAGCCAGCCCCAAAGCCUCCAGAGUCUCCAUCCUUGGACUCGGCCCUUGCUUCCCCACUGGAUCCUCAAGCCCUGGCUUGCAUCUCAGCCUCCCCUCCAGGCUCACAGCCUCCAUCUUCUCCCCAAGACUCUGAAGCCCUGGACUUUGAAACCCCAUCCUCCUCCCUGGCGCCCCAGACUCCGGACUCGGCUUUGGCCUCUGAGACCCUGGCUUCCCCCCAGUCCCUGCCUCCAGCCUCUCCCCUACAGGAAGACAGGGGAGAGGGGGACCUGGGGAAGUCUCUGGAACUAGCAGAGGCCUUGAAGGGGGAGAAAGCAGAGGGGGGAGCAAUGCUGGAGCUGGUGGGAUCUAUUCUUCGGGGCUGUGUGCCUGGGGUGUACCGAGUCCAAACUGUGCCCUCUGCCCGACGCCCUGUGGUCAAAUUCUGCCAUCGGCCCUCAGGUCUCCACGGUGACAUCUCCCUUAGUAACCGGCUGGCUCUGCAUAAUUCCCGCUUCCUGAGUCUUUGCUCCGAGCUGGAUGGGCGAGUCCGGCCCCUUGUGUACACCCUCCGCUGCUGGGCUCAGGGUCGGGGCCUGUCAGGGAGCGGCCCCCUUCUCAAUAACUACGCCUUGACCUUGCUGGUGAUCUAUUUCCUUCAGACCAGAGACCCUCCUGUGUUGCCCACUGUGUCCCAGCUCACCCAGAAAGCAGGUGAGGGAGAACAGGUGGAGGUUGAUGGCUGGGAUUGUAGUUUCCCCCGAGAUGCUUCGAGACUGGAGCCCAGCACCAAUGUGGAGCCCCUCAGUUCCCUGCUAGCCCAGUUCUUCUCCUGUGUCUCUUGCUGGGAUCUUCGGGGCUCACUGCUUUCUCUGCGGGAGGGCCAGGCAUUGCCUGUGGCAGGAGGCCUGCCCUCUAAUCUCUGGGGGGGCCUGCGCCUUGGCCCCCUGAAUCUCCAGGACCCGUUUGACCUGAGUCAUAACGUGGCAGCCAAUGUGACCUGCCGGGUAGCUGGGCGGCUACAGAACUGCUGCCGAGCAGCAGCCAAUUACUGCCGAAGCCUCCAGUACCAGCACCGUUCCUCCCGGGGUCGGGACUGGGGGCUGCUCCCUCUUCUGCAGCCCAGCUCCCCUAGCUCCCUGCUAUCUGCUACACCCAUCCCCUUACCCCUGGCUCCCUUCACCCAGCUCACUGCGGCCCUGGUCCAGUUGUUAAGGGACGCAUUGGGGUGCUGUAUAGAGCAGGGAACCAAGAGAUCGAGGUCAGAGGGAGAUGCAGCUGGGGAGUCUCCCCAGGGAGGGACAAGCAAAAGACUGAAACGAGAUGGACGGACGCAGAGCUGUGAGGAGGGGAGGGAAGAGCAGCAGGAAUGUGCAGGGGGCCACGGUGAAGACGGGGUGGAAGAAAUGGUCAUAGAGGUUGGUGAGACGGUGCAGGACUGGGCAAUGCAGAGUCCUGGGCACCCAGGGGAGCUGUCCUUGACAACCAGAGAGCACCUAGUCACCGGAGAAGGGGGCCAACCAGGCCAGGUAGCCUUGGCAGAGCAGGGACCCAAGGGACCUGAUGCAGCCCAAGAAGGGUCACAGGGUGAGACAGGCAAGGGGGCGGCACUCUCCUCGGUGAGCUGGCGCUGUGCCUUGUGGCACCGAGUGUGGCAGGGGCGGCGGCGUGCCCGGAGACGCUUACAGCAGCAAACCAAGGAAGGCAGUGCUGGAACAGAGUGGCUGAAGACUGAGGCUCAGGUGACCCAGGAGCUGAGAGGACUGAGUGGCGGUGAACAGAGGCCAGGGGCUGAGCCCCUCCUGACCUUUGUGGCGGCCGCCUCCCAGGCAGACCAGUCUCUCACUGUGACCCCGCUCCAGGAUUCCCAAGGCCUGUUCCCUGAGCUACACCAUUUCUUACAGGUUUUCCUCCCUCAAGCACUUAAACAUCUCCUCAAGUGAAGACAUACACACUAAAGGGCAAUAAAGCUGCUAGUUUACUACAAA